AUGCCAGUCCAAGUAAGCUCACCGAUCUCUUUAAUGGCGGUAAAAAAACUCACCGAAAUGGUGAAACCUUCAAAACACAUACCUCCACAAACUCUUUCCCUUUCAACACUUGACAAUGAUCCGGACAAUGAGGUCAUGUACAAGACAUGUUACGUUUUCAGAGCAAAGAAAGAUUUUGAUGAUGAUGUUGACCGGCCGGAGUCUUUGCUUAGGGAGGCUUUGUCCGAUCUUCUUGUGUAUUACUAUCCACUUGCAGGGAGUUUGAAGCGGCGGGAGAGUGAUCAGAAGCUUCAGUUGAGUUAUGAGGGAGAUGAAAGCGGUGUGGCUUUCACGGUGGCUACUACAAAUGUGGAACUCUCUUCAUUGAAGUAUUUAGACAACAUUGACUCAGACACGGCUUUGAAGUUCUUACCGGAGCUCCAAGCAGACCAAGUAGAGGAUAGUUAUCGACCUUUUGCUCUGCAGGUAACCAAAUUUGGUUGUGGAGGAUUCAUCUUAGGUUUAGCGGCGUCGCAUACAAUGUGUGAUGGAUAUGGACUUGGUCAUAUCAUGUGUGCCUUGACGGAGUUGGCUGGUGGGAAAAAGAAGCUGAAGGUGACACCGGUUUGGGAAAGAGAAAGACUUGUGGGGGAGCCUGCCGAUGAUCAACCUCCAAUAGUUCCCUGCGGCACGGCAACGUCGCCCUACUUACCUUCCGAUGAAUGGGUAACCGAAAAAAUAAAUUUAAAAGCAGAAAGCAUAAGAAAGUUAAAAGAAGCUACAAUGAGAGAAUACGACUUCCCUAGUGAGGCACUAACUACGUUUGAAGUUAUAGGAGCUUAUUUGUGGAAAUCAAGAGUAAAAGCUCUAAGUUUGGAUCAAGAUGGUGUCACAGUUUUGGGUUUAUGUGUAGGAAUUCGAAACGUCAUGGAUCCACCUUUGCCCGAUGGAUACUAUGGCAAUGCAUAUAUUGAUAUGUAUGUACCAUUAACCACAAGAGAUGUGGAAGAGUUUACGAUCUCAGAUAUCGUAAAGCGCAUAAAAGAAGCGAAAAAAAAGGCUCACGAUAAAGAUUAUUUUCAAGAAGAGCUUGCAAACACUGAAAAGACCAUUAAGAGUAAUGUAACGUUCAAAGGAAAAAAAGAUGGUUUGUUCUUUUUGACUGAUUUGAGGAAUGUUGGGAUUUUUGGAUCGAUGGAUUUCGGAUGGAAUGAGCCGGUUAAUGUCUUCCAUGUGCUUCCACCGGAAACAUCUAGGACGAUUGGUAUGCUUAUGCGACCGUCGAGAUUGGAACCAGCGAUGGUUGGAGGGGUUCAAGUUAUGAUGACAUUACCAAAAGAUGCAAUGGCUAAGUUCAAGGAAGAGAUAAAUGUUCUAGCUAAAGUGUAACGAGUCUUUCUUUU